CGCGCUAUAAAGGGCGGCGGGGAGCGAGCGCGGCGAGCGCGGAGCGGGCGGAGCCCUCGAGCCCCACCAUGGCCACCAGCGAGCAAGGGACGGCGCAGCCCAAGGCGGAGGAGCCACAGAGCAUCGGAUCGCGGGUGGUCAACCUGCCCCUGGUCAGCUCUGCCUACGGUAUGAUGUCCACCGCCUACGCCACCACCAAGGAGAGCCAUCCCUACGUCAAGUCUGUCUGCGACGUCGCCGAAAAGGGGGUGAAGACGCUGACGGCGGCGGCGGUGAGCGGGGCGCAGCCCAUCCUCACCAAGCUGGAGCCACAGAUCUCCACGGCCAACGAAUACGCCUGCAAAGGUCUGGAUAAGCUGGAGGAGAAGCUGCCCAUCCUGCAGCAGCCCACGGAGAAGCUCAUCUCAGACACCAAGCAGCUGGUGACAUCCACAGUGACGGGGGCCAAGGAUGUCCUGACCAGCACCGUGGCCGGGGCCAAGGACGCGGUGACCAGCCGAGUGACCGGUGUGAUGGACAUGACCAAAGGGGCCGUGCAGGGCAGCGUAGAGCUGACCAAGUCGGCGGUGAGCAGCGGCGUCAACACCGUCAUGGGCUCAACUGUGGGCCAGAUGGUGGUGAGUGGCGUGGGCUCCAUGCUGGAGAAAUCAGAGGAACUGGUGGACCAUUACCUGCCCAUGACGGAUGAGGAGCUGGCCAAGCUGGCCACGGCUGUCGAGGGCUUUGAAACGGAGCAGCAGAAGCAGCAGCAGAGCUACUUUGUGCGCCUGGGCUCCCUCUCGGCCAAGCUGCAGCGCCGAGCCCUCCAGCACUCGCUUGGCAAGCUGCAGAGCGCCCGUCGCAGUAGCCAGGACGUGCUGACCCAGCUCCAGCGCACCCUCGACCUGGUGGAGCAGCUCAAGCAGGGCAUGGACCAGAAGCUGCAGGGAGGGCAGGAGAAACUGCAGCAGAUGUGGCUGGAGUGGAGCAAGAAGCAACCGGAUGGUGGCAAGGACCUGGUUCCACCUGUGGCAGUGGAGUCGGGCACGCUGGCCCUGCUGCAUGGCUUGACACAGCAGCUCCAGAGCUCCUGCCAGCCCUUGGUGUCCAGCCUCCAGGGUCUCCCCGCUGGCAUCCAGGACAAAGCUGGGCAGGUCCGACAAAACGUGGAGGAGCUACGGACAGCCCUCACCUCUGCCGCCUCCCUCCAGGAUGUGACGAGCAGCGUGCUGGCCCGAGCCCGUGCCCAUGCCACCAAAGCCCGCCAGCUGAUGGACGAGCUGGUGGAGCACGUGGCCCACAACACCCCUCUGACCUGGCUCGUGGGACCCUUCACCCCCUCCGGCCAGCACCUAAUGGACCUGGAGAUGGAGUAGCAUCUUCUGGGGUGGGGGGUGAUGGUUGUGUCCCACCUGCCCCCGUUCCCCAAGUCUCAGCAGCAGCAUUUACUAACCCCUGCCUGGCCCACCUUGCCCAUAACCUCAGUGCCCGCCCGAACAGGGACCUCUCCUCACAGCUCUGUGCCUUGUCACCCGUGCCAGGGGGUGCGGUAUCGUGCCUUGGUUUCCCCAAGUGCCUAUUGGAGUCACCUCCACCUCCUGGUUGGAUUCCCCCGUGUCCCUUUGUCCUUGGUGCCUUUAAGCCGCGGGUCUUGUAGGGUCAGAGAUGGCUCCUGAAGCAAUAAACUCUUUCAUUUUGCA